AUGUCUUCACGAGCAAUUCGUAAGCUCCAAAAGCUGCGUGAGAAGGAACUGCAAGAAGCUGAACUCCAGGAUGAGUCAAGCGACGAUGAUACCCCGCGCCCCGUGAAGCCCAAGUUCAAUGCCUUCGAUCUCCUAAACGCCAGCGGUGACGACGAUGACGAUAACGACGAAGAUGAAGAUGAAAAACCAGAAGAGGAUAUGGAGGAGCCAGUAGCUCAAGCCCCAGAGCCUGAGCCUGAGACCACAAAACCCAAGAGCGCGAACAAGAAGAAGAAGAAGAAGAAGGCUAAGAAGUCACAGUCCUCUGCCAAACCAGCAAAAGAGGAAGAUUGUAAUGCUGAAAUGGAUGAGAUUGAUCGUGCAUUGAAAGAUCUGGCCGUCAAAGGACAAUCUGCAGGCGAGAGCGACUCAUCGGCCUUGGUGAAUUCCAACCCAAAUGCGACCUUCCCAAAAAGCACCGAUGAGCUGUUAUCAAUCGAUUCCAAGUUUCUGAACCCAACAAAUGAGAUGCGCCGGCUGUUUGGAAAUGUGGCGCUAGAAAAUUUCGACCAGGAUUCAGGGUCAAGCCGCCGUCGAGAUCGCAAUCGGGACGAGACCGUCGAUUUAGGCCGCGCUUUGACUGGGCAAUACAGUCCCGCCAGCAGAGGUCAGAGUCUAGCCGGUGUCACUUUAAGACGAAAUUCCCUUAUGCAAGGAAAGGAUGAAUGGCCUCGGGCUCCCAGCGGAGGACUUGGAAUGGAGCUUGUUGAAAAGUCUUCUUCAGGUCCUAUAAUGUACAAAAUCCUUCACAAUACAGCGUACAAGGACGUCCAAAACCAGUUUGAUCUGUGCGUUGAAUCGAUGGAUCCACAAAGGCUCAUCCAUCAUCUCCAAUACAAUCCCUAUCAUAUUUCUACUCUUCUUCAAGUCUCUGAAAUUGCCAAGCAUCAAAGUGAUCAUGCCGUCGCUGCUGAUUUAUUGGAGAGAGCUCUUUUCAAUAUUGGACGUUCAGCGCACUCGUCCUUUGGUAGUCGGCUCAAGGAAGGCCAAGCCAGGCUUGACUUCACUUAUGCAGAGAACCGAGAGUUGUGGCUUGUGGGAUGGAGAUACAUUGCGAAUCUCGGCAUGAAGGGAACAUGGCGAACCGCUUAUGAGUGGGCUAAAUUGCUUCUAAGCCUGGACGAUUCGGAUCCUUACUGCAUGAAAUUAAUGAUCGACUCUCUCGCUCUACGAGGAAGGGAGUAUGCGCAGUUCGUAGAGCUGUGUACCCAGACCCGCUUCAGCCGCGAUUGGGCUGAUCUUCCUAAUAUUCAGUGCUCUUUGGUCAUGGCAUAUAUUCGCCUCAAGAAGCCUCAAGAAUGUCGCCAACAACUUCGCCAUGCUAUGUCUCGCUACCCGUGGGUGUUUAGCAGGCUGGCCAAGGAAUUGGACCUCCAGCACAUUCCCAAGCAUAUUUGGGGCAAGAUGCCUCCAACUGGAUCUCAUGAACUUCUGACAGAACUCUACAUCCUCCGUGCUAAGGAUCUUUGGAAUACCCCGGAAGCAGUCUCGUUGAUCAUGGAGGUUGCCGAUUCCCUCACUGGAGAACCGGAACCCAUUGAGCCACCAGAGAUCACCUUGAAUGUUGCUCGCCAUGUGAUUCUGUCUGACACCCCGAGCGUCACUACUCAUCUCCCUAACCGCUUUGUAUCCGGCCGACUUUCCGCUUCAGAUCCCCUUCCUCCAUAUGAUUCAGAGGCUUUUCUUGAACAGUCCCACCCUACACCUUCCUACAUCUCGCGAAUUCCCGAAGCUGGACGCCCACAGUGGCUUCGCGAUCUUCUUGGUCAGAUGCAGGAGCGUGGUCUCCCGCUGGGUGACUUAGGAGACGGGCUAGAUGGAGCCGAGGUAGUUGACGAUACCACCCCUGGUAGUGAUUCCGAGCAGUAUGAGAGCAGUCGGCCACGUCAGUUCACAUCAUCACCGGAAAGUCUUGAGCAGUGGCUGUUGGGUGAAGGUCUGGAGACGCUCCAGGGGUUCCUGGUUCAGUAUGGUGUGGACAGAGGCAACUGGGGCGAUGUGAUGGAUUAUGCCCCAUUGACUGAUUACUUGGAGGCUCUCGCAGAACUUCCGGAAGAAUCUCGAGGACGUCUGCUACGUGUUCAGCUCCGAGCCCUUAUUGGAGAAUUUGCGGUCAUCAUGCUGGAAGAUGAACUUGAGAUGAUGGCGGAGGAUGUCACGAUUGGAAGUGACCUAGACUAG